AUGAUACCUGGUAUUAGAGGUGAUCUUACUGGCAUGGAUAGUGAUGUGGAUGGUGGUAUAAGCAGAUAUAAGACUGUGUGGUGUGGUAAUGAUAUUGGUGGGAGUGUAAGUCUGUGUGGUGUGGGUAGUAAUAUUGGUGGGAAUAUAAGUCUGUGUGUUGUGGGUAGUAAUAUUGGUGGGAGUAUAUGUCUGUGUUGUGUGGGUAGUGAUAUUGGUGUGAGUAUAAGUCUGUGUUGUGUGGGUAGUGAUAUUGGUGUGAGUAUAAGUCUGUGCGGUGUGGGUAGUUUUACUGGUGGGAGCAUAAGUCUGUGUGGUGUGGGAAGUGAUAUUGGUGGGAGUAUAUGUCUGUGUUGUGUGGGUAGUGAUAUUGGUGGGAGUAUAAGACUGUGUGGUGUGGGUAGUGAUAUUGGUGGGAGUAUAAGUCUGUGCGGUGUGGGUAGUGAUAUUGUUUGGAUUAUAAGACUGUGUGGUGUGGGUAGUGAUAUUGGUGGGAGUAUAAGUCUGUGUGGUGUGGGUAGUGAUAUCGGUGGGAGUAUAAGUGUAUGUGGUGUGGGUAGUGAUAUUGGUGGGAGUAUAAUUCUGUGUGGUGUAGGUAGUGAUAUUGUUUGGAGUAUAAGUCUGUGCGUUGUGGGUAGUGAUAUUGGUGGGAGUAUAUCUCUGUGUGGUGUGGGUCGUGAUAUUGAUGGGAGUAUAAGUGCGUGUGGUGUGGGUAGUGAUAUUGGUGGGAGUAUAAGUCAGUGUGGUGUAGACAGUGAUAUUGGUGGGAGUAUAAGUCAGUGUUGUGUAGGUAGUGAUAUUGGUGGGAGUAUAAGACUUGAUAUUGGUGGUAGUAUAUGUCUGUGUGGUGGGGGUAGUGAUAUUGGUGGGAGUAUAAGUCUGUGUGUUGUGGGUAGUGAUAUUGGCGGGAGUAUAGGUCUGUGUGGUGUGUGUAGUGAUAUUGGUGGGAGUAUAAGUCUGUGUGUUGUGGGUAGUGAUAUUGGCGGGAGUAUAUGUCUGUGUUGUGUGGGUAGUGAUAUUGGUGGGAGUAUAUGUCUGUGUUGUGUGGGUAGUAAUAUUGGUGGUAGUAUAUGUCUGUGUUGUUUGGGUAGUGAUAUUGGUGGGAGUAUAAGUCUGUGUGGUGUGGGUAGUGAUAUUGGUGGGAGUGUAAGUCUGUGUGGUGUGGUUAGUGGUAUUGGUGGGAGUAUAAGUCUGUGUGUUGUGGGUAGUAAUAUUGGUCUGUGUGGUGUGGGUAGUGAUAUUGGUGGGAGUAUAAGUCUGUGUGUUGUGGGUAGUAAUAUUGGUGGGAGUAUACGUCUGUUUGGUGUGGGUAGUGAUAAUGAUGGGAUUAUAAGUCUGUGUGGUGUGGGUAGUGAUAUUGGUUGGAGUAUAAGUCUGUGUGUUGUGGGUAGUAAUAUUGGUGGUAGUAUAUGUCUGUUUGGUGUGGGUAGUGAUAUUGGUGGUAGUAUAGGUCUGUGUGGUGUGGGUAGUGAUAUUGGUGGGAGUAUAAGUCUGUGUGUUGUGGGUAGUAAUAUUGGUGGUAGUAUAUGUCUGUUUGGUAUGGGUAGUGAUAUUGGUGGUAGUAUAGGUAUGUGUGGUGUGGGUAGUGAUAUUGGUGGGAGUAUAAGUGUGUGUGGUGUGGGUAGUGAUAUUGGUGGGAGUAUAAGUCUGUGUGGUGUGGGUAGUGAUACUGGUGGGAGUAUAAGUCUGUGUGGUGUGGGUAGUGAUAUUGGUGGGAGUAUAUGUCUGUGUUGUGUGGGUAGUGAUAUUGGUGGGAGUAUAAGUCAGUGUGGUGUAGAUAUAUUAGUGGUGGUAUAA